GGUCCGUGCCCGAAGAUGGCGGACGAGGUGGGGAGUAGCGGGAAGCGGCUGGGCUCGGGCUCCGACUCUGAGGCGCCCACGCCCACCGAGCUGAGCCGGGGCCCGCGGCUGGUCAAGAUCAUCAAGUCGGAGACGGGCUACGGCUUCAACGUGCGGGGCCAGGUGAGCGAAGGCGGGCAACUGAGGAGCAUCAACGGCGAGCUGUACGCGCCGCUCCAGCACGUCAGCGCCGUGCUGCUGGGCGGCGCGGCCGAGAGAGCCGGCGUCCGCAAGGGAGACCGCAUCCUGGAAGUAAAUGGAGUAAAUGUUGAGGGAGCAACGCACAAGCAGGUUGUGGACCUGAUUCGGGCAGGAGAUCGGGAGCUGAUUCUGACAGUGCUGUCCGUUCCACAGCAAGAAGCUGAUCGCCUUGAUCCUGGUGAUGACUCCUCGGGGAGCAUCUACUAUGACUACAGUGAGAAGCGGGCAGUGCCAAUCUCCAUCCCCAGUUACAAACAUGUUGAGCGAAAUGGGGAGAAAUUUGUGGUGUUCAACAUUUACAUGGCUGGACGACAGCUUUGCUCUCGGCGUUUCCGUGAGUUCACGAUCCUUCACCAGAAUUUGAAGCGGGAAUUUUCAGACUUCCAUUUCCCAAAACUCCCAAGGAAAUGGCCGUUUUCACUCUCGGAGCAGCAGCUGGAUGCCAGGCGGCGAGGCCUGGAAGAGUAUCUGGAGAAAGUGUGCUCGGUCAGUGUUCUUGGGGAGAGCGACGUGAUGCAGGAAUUCCUGGCUGAUUCCAGUGAGAGUACGAACGGGCUGUCCGAUGUGGACCUGAGGAUAGCAUUGCCUGACAGGAACAUCAUCACUGUCACUGUCAAAAAAAACAGCACUGCAGACGAAGUCUACAGGGCUGUACAGGAGCACCUACGGAUGGAUAGUAUCACAGCGAGUUUCUUCACGCUGUUUGAAGUAGUGGACCACUUCUUUGAGAGGAAACUGGUUCCCAAUGAAUUUCCACACAAACUAUAUGUACAGAACUACACGUCAGCAGCGGCUGGGACCUGUCUGGUUAUCAGGAAGUGGCUGUUCACCAUGGCCCAGGAAGAACUUCUGAAUGACAAUGAUCUUGCCGUAACCUACUUCUUCCAUCAGGCGGUGGAGGACGUGAAGAAAGGCCGGAUUCGAGUUGGUGAUAAGUCGUACCAGCUUCAGAAACUGUCCGAACAGCACAAGAAAGUCAUGUACUUGAACAUGAUUCGGACCUGCGAAGGCUACAACCAGAUAGUCUUCCCCCACUGCCGCUGUGACUCUCGAAGGAAGGGGCACGUCAUGGCAGCCAUUAGCAUUCAGCACUUUAAACUGCAUGCUUGCACAGAGGAUGGUCAGCUGGAGAACCAGGUGAUCGUAUUUGACUGGGCUGAGAUGCACCAGUGGGACACAGAUGAAGAGGGAAUGGCGUUCUGCUUCGAGUACAUCCGCGGGGAAAAGAAACCGCGCUGGGUGAAGAUUUUCACUCCAUAUUUUAACUACAUGCAUGAAUGUUUCGAGCGGGUUUUGUGUGAGCUGAGGUGGAGGAAAGAGAUGGAAGAAGCUGGCCAUGAUGAGGGUAACAGGAACAGCUCCAGUGGCAUGAACAUUUUUCACGCAGCAGCGGCAAGAGGCAGUCGAGGCUUGCUGUCCUGAUGGGAGACCUCAUUCUCUGUAGCAUCUCAGCACCUUAGCAUGAAAACUGAAGCAAUUGGACCUUGGACAUUGGGAGAUGGGGAGGCAUGCAACAGCCCAAACCGUUCCUCAAUGUAGCUGUGACAUCAAACCAAUCUUCGAGUAGUCCAUUCCUCAUUUCAUCCCAUCCUUCACUGUUAUAAAGUUGCCACUCAUAGCCACCUCUGUGAGUGAUCAAGGAGUGACGUGUUCAUUGGACUGCAGGACGCUGGGAUGUAAUCUUCCUAACAAGGGAGCAACUGUAGCAUGUGGCCAACAGUACAGGAUGGUAGUGCUUGCCAGUUCUGAUUUGUUAGCCUGGGACCAGUGGGUGAAGGGGUGAACACUAAAUCAUCCAGGAUCCAGCUCCAACCUACUCAAUAUGUCGACAGUGUGAGCUACUGGUUAAUCGCUGGGUAUCAGCGGCAGGAUUCCUUGAUUGCUUAGAAAGCUUCAAUCUCCAAACGACUGGAUAAUGCCUGGGACAGGCCUUUAUCAACUGGAUCCAAGCACCAGUUCAUGCUGACCAUUUCUUAACACAGGAAUAUCAGGUUUCUGAGUGGAUAUUCCUCGUUCACACUGGACUCUGGAGUAAUCUACAGCCUGUCACUGGAUGAUACCCUGCAUGGAAGGUGCACAGUGUUGCAUUUCAAUAAAUUGCAAUGGGGGACAAGACGAGAGGGGUUGGGGGGAAGAGGUGUUUUUCCUUAAUCUUUACAAAACAGUAAGUUUUUUUUUUGUAUUGAAAACCAGAAAAGAUGUUUUGUAUAUUGAGCUGUUGUGCUCUGCCAAGAUAGUGAACUCUCCCAUUCAGAAGAGUGUUUCAUUCAGAGUUUUCUGCCUGGAGUAAAUGCGAUUGCAUCCAGUGACUUGUUGGUAGUGAUCACUCCAAACUGCCAUGGAAAUGUCGAGACAUGUUAUGUGUUGUGACAGUGAAAAGAAUGGACAGUGGGGGAGAAAUGGAGAAACGUUCAGUGUUUAGUAGGAGAACGGAUUUUAAUUAACCCAUUUUGCAUCCACAAUAAUUUUCUUCCCUUUGGGAAGGAAUAAGACUGAUUCAAACCCAUCACUACAAGUUCUUGAACACUUGGCUGAAAAACGGCCUGUAUGUUACAUAUGAAAGUAUCGCCAGUGCUUUUUGUCGCAUCGUUUCUGAAAUAAGCAGUUACUUAACCUCGACAUGCUGCUUAACAACACAGCUAUUCAGACUCUGUGUUUAUAGGUUAGUCAGUCGCCAGUUGUCAGUGGAGAAUGUGCAGUUUGUGUACCUCACCGGCAGUAAUGUUAAUCUCACUGAGUUCGCCUCCUUUGGGAAAUCAGGAGCAAGGAACCAGUUGGUGGGAGUGCCAGUUCACCUUCCCCUUUCCUGCAUUGUGGCAUCCACCAUGUUAGAAUGUGGAAACUCAGUGGGGAGGGGGGAGAAAGAGACUGGUUCUGUGAUAUUUUAAAGCUUUCAGUCAUUAUGAUCUAUUUUACACAGUGCAGCCUUUGUAUUAUUUAAGGAUGGAUGGAUCAGUUCAAAGUCAACACCAUCAGACUUCCUGACAGAUCCAGUGGCAGGACUGAUGGCAGAACUGUUGCACGAGGAUCCAGAAGUCCUACCUAGUAACUGAGAGACUGUGUGUUGUGUUCAGGUAUGGGCCGAUAAAUGGGCCAUAAAAGCAAGGCCACACUACUGCUUGCCAGAGGCCGACUGUUUGGGGGAGGGGGGGUGGGGGCGGAGGGGUGGGAGCAAUUGUUUUUGUAAAAAAAAAUUCUAGUCUUCUCAAAAUUACCAUGUAAUUUCUUGAAAGCAUCAGUGUUAAAGCUGCAAUGUAAUUAUUUAUAGAUCCAUAAUUAAAGGUGGCGACUGGUUUGUG